UCCCCCCGGGCUCUGCCCGCUCGGGCCCCGCUACAGCGGGGGAAGGUAGCAGGCACUCAGGGUACGCGGCGCUCGCUUCCUCCCAGCUCCGGCUCGCCCCGCCCUUCACGGGGUCCUCGCACUCGCCGCUCCGCCCCUUCGCUCCUCCCUGUCCCCAGCCGCGAGCAGUGGAUGGGCCCGGCCUACGUCUGUACCUGAGCCGCCGCUGCGGUGUUUCUGGCCUAGCGGGGCCGCGCCGCAUCUGCCUUCGCCCCGCCGCCAUGGAGGAGGACAUGGAGCUGGAGAGAAAGGCAGUAGAAGAGCUGCUUAAAGAGGCAAAGCGUGGAAAAACCAGAGCUGAAACAAUGGGAGCUAUGGGUUGGAUGAAGUGCCCUCUUGCAGGUACAAAUAAAAGAUUUCUUAUUAAUACUAUUAAGAACACGUUACCCUCCCAAAAAGAGCAAGACCAAGAACAUGAACAGGAGGAGGACAGUAAACCGCCUGAGCCAAGUGAGAGCAGGAAAGAAGAAAAACCAAAGAAACAUAGAACUUAUCCUUACACACCCAGCUUUCAGGCCAGAAGAAGAGUCAGCUAUUCUCCUCCUAGGUACCGGAACAGGAGCCGGCACACAAAGGAUAAGUACGAAAAGUGACCAAGCAAACCGAGAAGGAUAGAUCAGAUCGGAAGAAAGGAAGACUUGAGCACUCCUAGCCCACAUGUACAGUUUCUGUAGCUUGUAAGAGGUCAAUAUCUAUCUACUGAGAGAACUGCUGACUUCUAUAGAUACUUUGUUUAGUGUUAAGAUCAAAUUUAAAAUGGGCAAUGUUAGCUUUAAUACCUAGGAGGAAUUAUCUGUAAUAUGUAAUAUGGUUCACCUGUUCGCAUGUGUUCUACAAACUGAUCAGAAGGGAUGACAAACAGCAGUAAUAAACUACAGAUGCAAUACUUCUGUCUGUAUUUAGACUUCCUUCUUCAGAGGAAGUAGUGUGAAAAACAUAGAGACAGUGCUUUGAAACAACCUCAGCAGCUAAUAUUAUUACCAUGUCUCUAUCCAGGCCUGUGAAUUUUACAGUUAGAUAUAAUACCAGAGCCACAGAGCAAGGAUUAAAAAAAUGUUUUCUAACCACUGAUGUAAUAACUUUCAAUGCCUGUAUGACAAUUUUGUAGUGGUAAAAUUCUAAAAUUCAUAAAUGUAAUUACACAUCAGUAUACUCUGUAUGUCUUUAUUCUCUGUGUUCUGAUUACUUGUUUUGUGAAGCAUUUGGGAUUUAAAUAUCCUCAGACAUAACUAUUUGAAUGAGCAUAUGGCUUAGUUUUUGUUUCAAGUGAGUUGAGAAUAAAUCUGAAACCUGUUAACUGA